UCUUACCUGCUCAAAAACCAACACAACCAGCGAAUCAGGGGUCGACCUAGAACACACUUUCACUUCGCUACAAACUUACACUAAUGGCGAAGAAUCUGCCAUUGCUGUGCGUAUUGCUGCUUUCCGUUUUAAGCCUUAAUUCAAUCGUUGAAGCCAGGAUUCGACAUUAUAGAUGGGAGAUUAAGUACGAGUUCAAAUCACAGGAUUGCUUCAGAAAGUUAGUCAUCACCAUUAACGGAAGAACACCUGGUCCAUCGAUACGCGCGCAGCAAGGCGACAUCAUUAUUGUUGACCUUAAGAACAGUUUGUUGACUGAAAAUGUCGCCAUUCAUUGGCACGGUAUCAGACAGAUUGGAACUCCAUGGGCUGAUGGAACGGAAGGCGUUACUCAAUGCCCUAUUUUACCAGGAGACACCUUUAGAUAUAUGUUUGUUGUUGACAGGGCAGGAACUUACAUGUACCAUGCGCAUUACGGGAUGCAACGAGAGGCAGGAUUAUACGGAUCGCUCCGGGUGGCGCUGCCGGACGGAGAAGUCGAGCCCUUCUCUUACGACCAUGACAGAAGCAUCAUCCUCAACGACUGGUAUCACAAAAGUACAUACGAACAAGCCGCCGGCCUUUCGUCUAUUCCCUUCGUCUGGGUCGGCGAUCCUCAGUCACUAUUGAUUCAAGGAAGAGGAAGAUUCAAUUGCAGUACACCGGGAAUUGAGGCCGCAAAAUGUAACGCCACGAAUCCUGAAUGCUCGCCGUAUGUUCUCACCGUCGUUCCCGGAAAAACUUACCGGCUAAGGAUCGGAAGCCUAACUGCUCUAGCCGCUCUCAGUUUCGAAAUAGAGGGUCAUAAUAUGACAGUUGUUGAAGCUGAUGGGCACUAUGUGGAACCAUUCAUCGUAAAAAAUCUUUUUAUUUAUUCGGGUGAAACUUAUUCGGUUUUAAUUACUGCAAACCAAGAUCCAUCAAGAAAUUACUGGGCAAUGUCAAAAAUGGUUAGCCGUAACAACUCGGUCCCAACCGGCUUAGCCAUCUUCAACUACUACCCAAACCACCCAAAGCGGUCCCCACCCACGGUCCCACCAAGUGGGCCCUUUUGGGGCGCGAUUGAACCCAGGGUCAAUCAGAGUCUGGCAAUCAAAUCUCAUCCUAAGUAUAUUCACCCGGUCCCACAGACGUCAGACCGGGUGAUUAUUCUUUUAAACACACAAAACCGAAUCAACGGAAGUGUCAAAUGGUCGAUUAACAAUGUCUCUUUUAGCCUUCCUCAUACACCAUAUCUUAUAUCACUUAAACAUGAUUUAUUACACACAUUCGAACAGACCCCUCCACCAGAUGUAAUCAACGGGUAUCAAAGUUAUGAUAUAAAUAAUGUGGCUCCGAAUGUGAACGCGACUAGUAGCAACUCUUUGUAUAGAUUAAAAUUCAACACGACUGUUGACAUUAUUUUGCAAAAUGCAAACACACUGAAUGUCAAUAACAGUGAAACGCACCCAUGGCAUUUGCAUGGGCAUGACUUUUGGGUUGUUGGAUAUGGAAGUGGGAAGUUUAAUGUUUCGGAGGAUCCGAAGAGGUAUAAUUUAGUGGACCCCAUUAUGAAGAAUACAGUACCGGUCCACCCGUAUGGGUGGACUGCUUUGAGAUUUGUAGCGGAUAAUCCGGGGGUGUGGGCGUUUCAUUGCCAUAUUGAGUCCCAUUUUUUUAUGGGUAUGGGGGCGGUGUUUGAAGAAGGGAUCGAGAAAGUGACGAAAUUGCCCUCGUCUAUUAUGGGUUGUGGUGAUACUAAAAGAUUUAUUAGGCCUUAGUUUUUAUUAUUAUUAUUAUUAUUUUAUUUGUUUUAGUGUUUUUAUGAAUAUUCAUACUUGAUUUGAACGUAAAUGUAAAUUUUUUGCUGCUUCUUUUGUAUAAAGAAUGAAUGAUACCACAUUUAAUCA